CUCAAGAGUUAAUGAUUUCUGGGAAGUUUGUACAAUGAUUUCGCGGAAGACAAUCUGUUUUUUCUUGUGCUCAACGGUGUUCUUCCAGCAACAGUAUUGUUCACCGGUGCCAACAAACCGAAAAAUCCGCCAUGACAUGCGCAGGAACUCGCUAUCGGACCAGAGCGAAGAGAGCACUUCGGUAGUACAAAACAAUACAAUAGAAGAAAGCAAGCCCACGACUGUUCGGUCAUCGUCAGCAGAGGUUACCAACGAUAACUCGGAAUCGACUACGAUUCAAGAAUCCACUGUUCCAAGUGUUAAUUCAAUCUCUGACGAAGAUAUCAUUAAACUAUCGGAUAUUUUCAAAAUACCGGUUUCGGAACAUACAGCUGAUAGGGUCAAACGAUAUAUCACAUCAGUUAAUUCAAAUGAUCGAGAGGGGAAACGCGAGCUGUCAUUCAAACCGGAACAGGCGCAAGAUGAGCUUUUGGAAGUGGCUGAAGUCCAUCUCUUUAAACCACUCUUCAAGUACAAGUUACAUCAGGAUACUCGGAAGCAUACCGGCAGGCAGCCAUUCAGUACUACAAAAGCCGCGUAGUACGACACUCGUCGUAGUUUAUUUGUUAGAAAUAGUUCUUACUUAUUAAAUCAUGAAUGUUAGGUUAAUAUGAUGACUUAUUUAAUGCAACUUAGA